AUGUCGACCAGGUCUAGAUCUUCGUGGGUCGGCACCACCAAAGAACAGCGGGAAUUCUUGGAGCCGUAUAUCGCCUACUAUCACCGCCUGAAAGCAGAUGCCCGCAAACAUCCAAAACCAUACUCUGUCUUUCAAUCCCAGCUCUGGCUACUCUGGAAGGAUCGUUUCCGUGCCCAGCUGCAACCGCCCGACCCUACCGAUAAGGAUGCCUGUAAACACUGGUACGCCUGCCGCCAGAAGGAUCUUGCUGCAAUCAUUCGUACCCUCGAAAUGUGGGAACCCUUCUAUGCCACAGGUCGUAAACGGGAGAUGGCCCAAAGAGUAAAGAUCAGAGUGAAGGUCGCAAAGGCUGCAAAGGCUGCAGCACAGACGCGUAGCAAUGGGCAGGAAGAAGGGGUAUCGGGUGUUCAAAGGAAACCUACCAACCCUUUCCUUUCAUCUACCAAAUCUACCAAUAUGAAUUACAAUCCUCGCAAAAAGGGUCGACGGGCUCAAAUGGAUAUCCUCGAUACCGCAGACGAUGACAAUACGGUGCAGAUAAACAUUGAUCUCCCACUGACACAAGAAUAUCACUGGCAUACUGACCACUCACUAUCUGCGUCAUCCGCCACAAAGCGACAUACCGGCAGAAGCGCUCGCGUUACAACGACCCAUCUUCCUUUAGAAUUGGCCUCUGACAAUAUUGUUCCCACUUCCCAAGAAAGUUUGGCUUCUUCUGCAUGGGAUGGCUCGCUUGCGGUGGGCAUGUCCGCAUUAUCGUUCCUUGAUCCAGACCACGAAGUUCCUACUGAGUUCGCAUUGGCAUCAAAUGACAGCGAGGGGGCACGUCUUCCCAGACCAAUGGGCAUGAGACCACCCAUUGUUGGUCUGGAAAUCCCAGCGCAAGGAAUUUCUCGAGGAGAGCAGGGUAAACAUCGCUGUCUAUCUUGUUUCGAUGGUCAGAUGCUGUGUCGUGCAUGUAUCAUUGAGCGUCAUUGGGGUAUGCCCUUUCAUAGAGUGGAGGUCUGGAAUGGGUCCUAUUUCAAGAAGAUUUCGUUGGGUGACCUUGGUCUCGUUGUCCAGCUAGGACACAAACUAGGGCAGACAUGCCUGAUUCCUGCGGUUGUUCAUUCUUUUGUCGUGAUCGACGUUGAUGGGAUCCACAUGCUUCAAAUGGGUUUUUGUGAAUGCACGCGAAACGUUGACUUGGACCGCUAUCGACAGCUUCUUUGA